AUGGACGCCAAGCAAUCGAAACGCCCGAAACCGAAGCUCGAUCGCCGAAACGCCAUGAGGAACAUAGACUACGACGCCUCAACCUCCUCCUCUUCUUCUCCUUCUUCUUCUUCCUUCGGCCAUGGCUCCCCCUCUAUCAGAACUCGCUCUCUGGACCACUCACCUCUCUCUGACCACCAACCCAGCUUCCGCGUCAGAGGCAUUGAGGGCGAAUUCGACCUCAUCUGCCGCAGCCUUGGGCUUUCCGGCCCCGAAGACUUCUCCAUCCCAAUCGCAGCCUGGGAGGCCCAGCGAGCUCGCUCUUCUUCCUCCCACUUCCCACCUCGCUCUCGCCUCCGCCAUGAAAGCCAUCUUGAAUUGCCAGACAGAGCGGAAAGCGGCGCCGUUUUGGAGAAAUCCGAAGUUAGGGUUAGGCUAGACAAUGAAAUUAGAGCUUCGAAUUCGGCGAAGUUUGGGGGAAAUGCCAGAAAGGGUGGUGGUAGUGGAGGAAUUAAAGGUCUGCGCCCGCCUCCGGUUGUAUUGAAAUUUUUUUCUCCUCAAGACCAUAUUGGUGUAGCAGAUUCGCCCAUUCGUGUUGGUGAUGUGAGGUAUUCGGAUGAAGAAGAGGACCUUGUAAAUGAAGCAAAUGGUGAGAGGGAAGUGAUAGAUGAAGCGAGUUUUGGAAAGGGCAAUGAUUUGUCUGAUGAUUCUUUGUCAUCUGGCUUAUCUCCAUCCAAUAAUGAAAAUGAAAAUGAAAGUGUUGGUUUUGAUGCUACUUCUAGAGCAAAGCUGGAGCCAAUCCAUAGUAUUUUUUCGCCAAAUGGGAAAUUCAGACGCAGUGUUUCGUCAUCGUGGCAAAAGGGUCACCGUUUGGGAAGUGGUUCGUAUGGAACUGUGUACGAAGGCUUUACUGAUGAUGGAUUCUUUUUUGCUGUAAAGGAGGUUUCUUUACUGGAUCAAGGAAGCCAUGGCAAGCAGAGCCUUAUCCAACUUGAGCAGGAGAUUCAUCUUUUGAGUCAGUUUGAACAUGACAACAUAGUUCAAUAUCUUGGCACAGACAAGGAUGAAACUAAGCUCUAUAUCUUCCUUGAGCUUGUAACAAAAGGCUCACUUGCAAAUCUCUAUGAAAAGUAUCUGUUGAGGGAUUCUCAAGUUUCUGUGUUCACAAGGCAGAUUUUGAGUGGGCUGACAUAUCUUCAUGAUCGUAAUGUGAUUCACAGAGAUAUCAAAUGUGCUAAUAUAUUGGUGGAUGCAAGUGGAUCUGUGAAACUUGCAGACUUUGGGUUAGCCAAGGCAACCAAAUUGAAUGACGUGAAAUCCUGCAAAGGGACUGCUUAUUGGAUGGCUCCGGAGGUUGUUAAUCAAAAGAAUCGUGGCUAUGGGCUUGCAGCUGACAUAUGGAGCCUUGGAUGUGCUGUGUUAGAGAUGUUAACCCGUCGGCCUCCAUACUCUCACCUGGAAGGCAUGCAAGCAUUAUUUCAGAUUGGCAGGGGUGAACCUCCUCCAGUUCCUGAUUCGCUAUCAACGGAUGCACGAGAUUUCAUUUUCAAAUGUUUACAAGUUAACCCUUAUAAUCGACCUACUGCAGCUCAGCUAUUGAACCAUCCUUUUGUUAAAAGGUCGCCCCAAACUUCCUCUGGCCCUGCUUCUCCUCAUGCAACAGCUUACGUUCGUGAACACUUUCGCCAACCUUCAGUGCUAUGA